CCCUAAUAGGCUAAUAUACCUUUGGUAUCCCUCUGCGGCUCUGCCGCAUCUGAUAUCUCUCUCACUCUCUCCUCUUUAACUGUCCCCAAUUUGACAAUUUCAGCCGUCCCCUUUCCAAGCUUCAAAGAGGAGCAACUGAGCAAGGCAAAAUCUAAGCUUCCAGCCCACCGUCUCUCUUUCUCUUCGGUCCGUCUCCACCAUUUCUGACUUCUGAGCUUCCACCAGACUGUCCGAGCCAUCUCUUAGCUCCGCCUCCGCCAUCUCUUCAGUCCACACUCUCUCACAGUUGCAGCUCCAGCAGCGGGCCUUCCGGCGACAGUCAUUGGUUCCAGCUCUCACUCUCUAACAGAAAAAUCAUUAAACAUGGAACAUUGGAGCAAGACUUCAUUAAUGGAGCCUUUUCCACUGGGAGGAAAGCGAAAAAAGCGAGACGUGAAGGAUGUUGAUGGUGAUCAAGGCCCUUUCAGCCCCACCAAGGCUAAGAAAGUUGAGAAAAGUUUCCCCAUUGUUCGAGUCCCGCACGGAAUUUUCAUGAGGCCAGUGGAAACUAAUCAAGGGAUGAUCAAUAAGGAACUUCCAGAAAUCCAGGUUAACCAUAUUAAGUCUCCUAAGUUCUUGAGGAACUUGAUUUUCGAUCUUCAAGAUGGAAUCUUAGUACCUAAGCUUGGUCAUGAACAAAAAGCAAGUAGUUCCAAAAACAUUCCACCUUCUUCAGAGCAUCAUGAAAACAGUGAUAUAAGAACAAGAAUUGAACCACGUCCCUCAACAAUUGAUAAUGAAAAUGAAAUCCAAGAACUGAAAAAAGAUGUGAUCCAAGAGAAUUCUAAGCCACAAGGCCUGAGGUCCUCUACUAGCAGUUCCGGUCAGUCUCUGGCUCGUGAGAAAGUGAAGGACAUCUUACACCAUUUUCGGCACUACGUUGAGCAUGUCUUCAAGGAGGAGAGGAGGCCUGAAUUUGCAGCAUCAAACAUGAUAAAGAACAAAUUUUGGUACCCGCAUGUGCCAAUCCUAGGGUCAGUUCCGGGGAUAGAGAUUGGAGACAGGUUCCACAAUCGCAUGGAAAUUCAUGUUUUAUGCCUCCAUCGUCCACCACAAGGAGGAAUUGAUUGGAUGGAUUAUGGAAGAAGAAAGGUUGCUAUUAGUGUGGUUGCUUCUGGGGGAUACAGUAAUCAUUUGAGCAAUCAGGGUACCUUAAUUUAUUCUGGGCAAGGAGGAAAUCAGUAUGGACCUGGUACUCAGGGGACGGCAGAAGAUCAGAAGCUCAGCAAAGGAAAUCUUGCACUGAUGAAUAGUAUUGUGAAAAAGAAUCCUGUGAGAGUAAUUCGGAGAAGCGCAAUAUCUGGGCAUUACUUUUAUGAUGGAUUGUAUACUGUGGAGAAGAUUUGGAAGGAGAGAGGCAACCAUGGGAAACUGAUUUUCAAGUUCAAAUUGGAGAAAAUCCCAGGACAAGUCAGCCUCAGCAACCGAAGAAACUAGAGCAGCAGAAGAUGUGGGAAGAUGGGAGAUUGCAUGAGAAAUUUCUUUCCAAGUUCAAGUUGGUGGCAUUCCCAAGACGACUCAAUCUUUUUGCUGGAAAAAAUUACUGCAAUUUAGGUGAAAGAGUUGUAUGAACGUACUAGAGACAUGUUACAGGAUUUAGUAGUAAUUCCGAUGUUUUGCUAGACAGAAUUUGUGUAGGAACUGGUUUGGAUGGUUUCCUUUUUAUUCUUCUAGUUUAGCCAGAACCUGUUGUGUUAGCCUAUAUAAACUAGUGCUUAGUUGAAAACCUACUAGUUAAAAAAGGAUUUAUCAGAAAUCUUGACAAAGCCUCAAAGAUUUGGCAGAGAGUUGUGAGUUUAUUGCUCAUGAAUCUUGAGUUAACAAUAUUGUAGAGUAUUUUAUUGUGAGUUUAUUUGUCUAGAGUCAAGUUUUAGUA